GAGAGGUUGAGAGUUCACUUGCGUGGGUUCAGGGCCAGUUCCUGGGAGGAGAGAUGCUAGGCAAGGAAGUGUUUGUUUGCUUGUAGACCCUGUACAGCCUGGUCCUCUCCCACGUCUGGGAGGGGCCAGAGUUGGAGACAACAGCUGGGCUGGUCUGCAAGAGAGGUCAUCUGACUGGCUGUUCAGCCUAGGCUGUCCACUCCUCCUCUUCUCUGCCAGGAUUCACCGGAGCUGGUGCCUACACAGUCAAGCCAUCCAGCUAUAAUACCCAUCUCAUCUCUAGCACCUUUGGGGGAAGCCAGCUGCACCAUGUCUGUGAGCUGUGGACCACUGGGAACCUCUCUGACUCAGGAGAUCCUCAGAUCCCUGGGCCUUGCCGACAAGACUGCGGCCUGGGGAACCCUGGGCACCCUCAGGACGUUCUUGAGCUUCAGUGUGGACAAGGAUGUACAAAGACUGCUGAAGGCCAUUGCAGGCCAAGGUGUGGACUGCAGUACCAUUGUGGAUGUACUGACCAAUCGCAGCAGAGAGCAAAGACAGCUCAUUUCUCGAGCCUUCCAAGAGCGCACCAAACAGGAUCUAUUGAAGUCCUUGCAGGCAGCACUCUCUGGCAACCUGGAGAAAAUCGUGGUGGCUCUCCUACAGCCUGCAGCCCAAUUUGAUGCCCAGGAGUUGAGGACAGCCUUGAAGACCUCUGGUUCUGCUGAAGAUGUAGCCUUGGAAAUCCUGGCCACCCGAGCAGCACCCCGACUGCAGGAGUGCCUGGCAGUGUAUAAACAUGAUUUCCAGGUGGAGGCUGAGGAAGAUCUCAGGACUGAGACCAAUGGCAUCCUGCAGGACCUGCUUCUGGCCCUGAGCAAGGGGGCUCGUGAGAGCUACUCUGGAGUCAUUGAUUACAACUUGGAGGAACAAGAUGUGCAGGCCCUCCAGCAGACUGGAGAACCCAGUGCAGGUCAAUGGGUCCUGCUCUUUACACAGCGCAGUCCCGAACACCUCAUCCGAGUGUUUGAUCUGUACCGGAGAUGCACUGGCCAAGAACUGGAGGAUGCUAUCCGGAACUGUUUCCAUGGAGAUGCCCAGCGGGCUCUGAUCAGCCUAGCUUCCAUGAUGAGAAACACAGCACUGUACUUUGCUAACAAACUCCACCAAGCCCUCCAGGAAACUGAGCCCAAUUUCCGAGUGCUGAUGCGGGUCCUUAUCUCCCGAAGCGAGAGUGACCUUCUAAGCAUUCGGGCUGAGUUCAAGAAGAAAUUUGGGAAGUCUCUCUAUUCUUCUCUCCAGGAUGCAGUCGGAGGGGACUGUCGUUCAGCCCUCCUGGCCCUGUGUAGAGCAGAAGACAUCUGAGACCUUCCCCACCCACCCUGACAUGACAUUCAGAAAUCUGAGAUUCCCCAUACUUGGUUGAACACAUGGAAGAACUUCAAGGAACACCAUACGCCCUAACUUCCUCUUGAGGCCGGACCUCUAAUUUUGAGGCCGGACCUCUAAUUUCUUUAAUUAUCUUUGGAUUUCCCUCUUCUCAAAGUGGCGUCUUCUAGCACCAUCCUAGAGAGGGGUAAGGGAGGUCUCUGAUUGUCUGCCUACUCAGUCCCUCCAAAGGCCAGAACACCUCCCUGGCAGUCAAAUGCCUUGGCAGAUUUAUGUUUCCGGAGUAAAGUUUUGGGGAGCAGGCUGCAGAGCAGGAAGAGGCCAAGGAGUUUGAGGUGCCUUUGAAGUGCACUCAGUCAUUCAACAGGAGCCCUGUUUCUGCCCCGGCACUGCACUUAACAGUUAUCAAGACACCCCAUGCCUGGGUCUCCUCCCCAGGAAAUUUCGGGCAACUAAGAACUGUAACAUCCCCCCAACUCAUUUUGUCAAUACAGGGAUUUGGAAAUAUACCUCCAA